AUGGUUCAUCUGUGGGACAUGAGGGAAGGCGUUCUGUUGAAAAGAUUGGAAGGGCAUCCGAGGCCAUGGCGCAAUGUGAAUGCAUUGGCGGUAUCGCGAGAUGGACGCAUGAUAGCAAUUAGUGAUGAAGAAAGGACGCUCAUCGCCUGGAAUCUAAGCAUCGGGGAAUCUCGCACUCAAACCAUCCAAGCCUAUUGUACUAGGAUCCAAUCGCUGGCAUUUUCUCCCGACGACUCACUGUUGGCGACCGGUUCAGUAUAUGGAACGAUAGAGCUGUGGUGCACAAAAACCUGGCAGCAGCUAGGACAUUCAAUCAUUUGUCACAAGGUAACUGUCCGCUGCAUUCGGUUUUCGCCUUCCGGCAAGCUUCUUGCGAUUGCAACAAGCAAGAACAUCCAAAUUUAUGAUCUGAGCACGAGCAAAUGCGUAGCAGACCUCAAGGGUUACACUGACGGAUCAUACAAUAAUUCGCUUGCCUGGAUGCCCGAUGGUACACGGCUUUUUUCAGCGGGCGGUAACAGUGAUCCGAACAUACGCGAGUGGGAUACAUCGACCUGGACGCAGGUCGGUGAUCCCUGGGAGGGUCAUCUCAAAAGUAUCCAGAACAUUUCCUUAAAUUCUAACGGCACUCUCCUUGCCUCCGCAUCUGAUGACAACUGUGUCCGACUCUGGCGUGUCUCAGAACGUCGACCCAUUAUCGUAUUCAAACACCCUAGCGAGGUGCGGUGCGUCGCCUUCUCUCCCGAUGACAGGCAAAUCUUCAGCGGAGACCAGGAUAAAAUCACAGAGUGGCCGGUAUUUGAGGAUGUUUUGCCAAAGGAUUGUCCAAAGAAUGUUCCAAAGGAUGAUUCAAAGGAUGCUCCCAAGGAGCAAGCGAUACACCAGGUCCUCGCUAUAAACUCGGACGUCCGAAACGCGUGCAUAGCAGGCGAUUUGCACACCGCUGAAAUGGUGCUCAAUCGAGAGAUUGACACUGAUGCCAAUAAUUACACCUCCUAUGCCAACCGAGCAUUUGUCAUGGCACGAAAAUCUGACUGGGACCGCGCGCUCCAUGAUGCAAUUAAUUCCGUCAGAAUUCAGCCUUCUUUUGCGGGCCAUAUCUCCGAGGGCAUUGCCCUCUUCGGGAAAAAGAAAUUUUGGGCCGCGGCGAGCACGGCAUUUGACCUCGCAUCAGCAUUCACCAAUGGAGAUUUAAAGACCACUCAGUUGCUUCAUUGCGACUUUCAGACCAUCGCAUUGUUCAACGCGGGUCAACAUAAAGAGGCAAUGCUACGUGUCGAAGAACUAGCCAUCUCUCCCAAUGUCGAUACUCUUGCUUGUCGUGUUGUGGAAGCCUAUCUACGUGUUCAUCUAGGAAACACGGCCUUUAAUCAGAAGUUCUACAACGAAGCUGUUGACCACUUCACUGCCGCCGUCAACGCCAGUGCUUUCUUUUAUAAAUCGGCUAUUCAUUCUACAUACGAGGAAUUUGUCGUGCUCUUCGGUUGGGACCUCAAGUCCUUGUGGCAGAACGCGAACCAGCAACAGUGCCAUGCACUCUUUAAGGCGGGUAGAAUUGGAGCAGCCGUAGAAUCUUACCGAUCCACCAUGGACAAGAGUGAUGAGCAUACGAAAGCCGGCUUAAGUGCUUGGUUUGCUGCUCUUCAGUGA